AUUACCGGUUUGUUAGAAAUUGACUUGGAAGAGGUGAAAAGGAAGAUUGAGAUGAGAAUGGAUCUGGGAAGUGGCUUGUAAACAUCAUCACAUCGGGGAAAACGUCCUUUAAGUCGUAGUUCUAGCUACUAACCUCCACCCAACACCAACAACAAUACCCACACUUCACUCCACUCUCCAUCUCCAUCUCACCCCCAAUUUCCCAUUUAUGCUCAUUUCUAACUAACUCUAACCGUCGCUCUUCUACUUCCUCCACCUUCCCAACCCUAGCACCAUAACCAUAAUUCCAACUCAGAUCUGUCUUCUCUAUUUCUCAAUUUCGUGAUUGAAUUGGCGUAGAUGGAGGGGAACUCCGGAGGGGGGGCCAGUGGUGGCGGCGGUGGUAGUGGUAGUGGUAGUGGUGGAGGUGCUGACGUGGAACUUCUUUGCAAAACGUUACAAGUGGAACACAAGCUGUUUUACUUCGAUCUGAAAGAAAACCCUCGUGGUCGUUACUUAAAGAUUUCUGAGAAAACAUCUGCUACAAGGUCUACCAUCAUAGUUCCCUUCUCCGGCAUUUCGUGGUUCCUCGAUCUCUUCAAUUACUACGUCAAUUCUGAUGAUCAAGACCUUUUCAGCAAGGAAUUGCAGCUUGAUACUAAGGUUUUCUACUUUGACAUUGGAGAGAAUAGAAGAGGCCGUUUCUUAAAGGUGUCUGAAGCUUCUGUCAGCAGAAACCGUAGCACUAUAAUUGUUCCUGCAGGAAGUUCCAGGGAUGAAGGGUGGGCAGCAUUCAGGAACAUUUUGGCAGAGAUUAAUGAAGCCUCAAGGCUUUUCCUUCUGCCCAAUCAGCAAAAUUCUGAAUCCUCAGAACGACUUGUUGGACUUUCGGAUGAUGUUGGUGCUGGCUUCAUUUCUGGUCAUAGUACUCAACCUGCCACUUCUUCUGAAUUGAAUGCAGACAGGUCUGUUGAUUUGCCAGCUCAGGAUGAAAUUGGAAACUUGGGGGUCUCAAAAGUGAUCAGGGCUGAUCAAAAAAGAUUCUUCUUUGAUCUUGGGAGCAACAAUAGGGGUCAUUUUCUAAGAAUAUCUGAGUUCUUGUUAUUUCAUUGCAGGUUGCAGGUUCUGAUCGAUCCUCCAUCAUUCUUCCGCUGUCAGGGCUCAAGCAGUUUCAUGAGAUUGUUGGUCACUUUGUGGAAAUUACCAAGGACCGAAUUGAGGGUAUGUCAGUUGCUAAUGUCCGCACAAUUGAUCCCCCUCAAAGAUGAAUGCUAGCUCGGGGUUUUCGGUGACAAUAUGUAGUCCCCCUCUGCCAAGGUUUCAUCAGGGAUAUUCAGGGAAUAUGAAUGGGUGUUGUCUAUGAAUCUGAUUUGUGCUAUUUUCAUUGUAUUUUUCCGUAGCCUCUUCCUUUUUCUCAAAUAUAGUUCUACAAUUAAUGCUUUUGAAAUAAUCCAAACACUUGUUGGUCAGCAGAAUAAUGAGAAUAUCUCAGCAAGGUUAAUUUAAAUAGGUAAUAACGGAAGAAAAACGGAGUAGAGACUUGUACUUGACUGGAUAGUUUGGCAUCGGGGGAUAUACUUUGUAAUAAUGAUUGUUUAUUUUGCUUUCCUGCACAUAUUUCACAUGGAUUUAAGUUCUCAUACAA